AUGACGACCGACCACGCAGGCCAUGGGUCGAGAGGCGCUACAGGCGUUAUUGUAGCUGUUGUCUCAACUUCCAUUGCUUUUGUUGUUCUCGGAUUGAGGAUGUUCACAAGAGGCUUGAUUGUACGCAACAUUGGGCCUGAAGAUUAUGUUGUGCUUGUUGCCUUUGCGUUGUCUGUCGUACUCACGGCUCUCAUCUGUGUCGAAGUGCAGCAUGGGCAAGUGAGUACACCACAUCUCUUCAGUAUGAAACCUUCUGACAUAUGUCUCAGGNCAUUCUGGGCAAGUGUCCCUGUCUACCAAGCCAGCCUGAGCUUGACCAAAAUCUCCAUCCUGCUUCAGUAUCGACGGGUCUUCGUUGGUACUGACAUCCAACGUGUCAUCGCCGCGUCUAUCGGUGUCAUCGUUAUUUACGGAUUAUGGUCUGUAUUCAGCACUGCAUUCAUGUGCACACCAGUGUCCUACUUCUGGGACCACAACAUCGGCGGCCAUUGUCUGAGUCGUUUGGGAGUAUGGUUCGCCAAUGCCUCCAUAAAUAUUGUCACCGAUGUGGUGAUAUGCUUGUUGCCUGUGCCUGUUCUGAACCGGCUCCGGCUUCCACGAAAGCAGAAAUACGCGCUUAUUGCUGUCUUCUGCUUGGGGCUCUUUGUCUGCUUGACGUCCAUUCUUCGACUGAAAGCGCUCUACGACAUCUCCGUGUCUACCGACAUAACCUGGGACAACACCCCGGCAGCAUACUGGUCCUCGCUAGAGUGCAACUUCUCCAUCGUUGCUGCCUGCCUACCGAUGCUUCGCAAAACAAUCUCACGCUUCUUCCCUCGCAUCUUUUCUUCCAGCUCAAACCCAGACUCCAACCAUCGAUACAUUCCUUCUCGCAAAACGAAAACAAAGUCGCGCACCAACGACGACACAAGCGGCUUUGCCAAGUUCGCUAUCACAUCACACGCCGCAAAAGCAGACUGGGUACAAGGCCUGGAAACCCAGAACGGCGCAGCGCGAGGACGUUCACACAAGAUCGAGAUGGACACUAUCAAGAGCAAGACGCGGUUGAGCGAUGAUAGCGAGAACGGCAUGACGAUGAUUGACGAAGAGCCCGAAGACGGUCGCAUCAGAGUCAUGACUACUAUCGUCACUCACGAGUUGACUCCCACAGUGUCCGAGAUGGACAUGUCUGUUCAUUCGGGUUCAUCUUCUUCGAGCCCCAAGGAGAGACAUCUUGUAUGA